AACGUACCAAAACUAACUGUCAUGCAGCUGCCUGUCAGCUGCUUGCAGUCAUAAAAUUGAUAAUCGCAGUUUUUAAUCGAAAUUAUUAAAUUUGCUCCUUCCUGAUAACUUCUAUUGUGGUUUAAAUGGAUGGCAAUUGAGUGAGGUGCAUAGUAUUAGAAUUUAUCGGUGCCUAAACAUCGACGCAUAACCAUGCCGGGCACAAAUCUCAUUGUGCCAGUUGUGCUCUGGGGCAAGUAUGCCCCAACCCACUGCGUCUCAGCCGUAUACCUGUCCAGAGACCAGAAGACCCUGGUCACGGGCUGCUAUGACGGCCAGAUCUGCAUAUGGGCCGUGGACCCGGAGUCGUUGAAGAUGACGCCUCGCUGCUUGCUCGUGGGGCAUACUGCUCCGGUUACUUGUUUGUCGAGGGCUUCUAUUAUUCAGGAUAACAACUUUAUUGUGAGCUCCUCAGAGGCCGGUGAGAUGUGCACUUGGGACCUCGUGGAUGGAAAGUGCCGUGAGAGUGUCAAGUUAUCUCAAAUACAUACCAACAUACAGGCAUACCACAUGUGCAACGCCGAUGACUUACGGCUGUUUUGCAACGGCUACUACGCUGAGAUCCUGGUCAUGGAUCCGUUCUCAUUGGAGAUACUGUUCUCGCUCAGCUCCAAGAUGAACCCGGACUGGAUAUCAGCAUUGCAUGUGCUCCGACCAUCGUCGAGGAAAGACGACGUCGUUUUGGCCAUUUCGAUUACUGGGACGGUUAAAGUUUGGUCCCUCCUAGGCCAUGAGAAUAAGCAAUCUGAGCCGAUAUACGAAAAUGAGUCAAAGCAGAUUCGCUGCCUAAACGCAUUGUCACUCAACUGCUGUGCUUACAACCAACGGACAGUGCUCAUAGUGUGUGCGAAGUACUGUCAGAUAUAUGACGCCGGUGAUUUCUCCGUGCUGUGCUCGAUCCAGGCCCCUACCGGCGAGCGCUGGAUGUCGGGCGACUUCCUGGCGCCCGACCGCGUGCUGGUCUGGUCCACCGAGGGCAAGGGGUACCUCUACAGGCUGCCCGCCAACAAACUGCGCGGACGGGUUAUCAGUAGCUCCGUACCAGACCACAAGGGAUUCCACGGUCCUACUGUGGCUCACGAUAGUCCCGUCCUGUUUGGUAUCUUGGCACAUCCUGAUAACAAACUACUGUCAUGCCCGCCCGCGAUGCGUUUCGUGAUCACCUCCGUGGGAGGCAAACAACGACGCCUGUUACUUCGCGGCGACUCUCUAGGGACCGUGUCCGUUUGGAACGUCGACGACGCUGCUACGCCGGCGGUGGGGACUAUUCCAUCCCACGCGCCCAUUGUGCUGACCAGCCUGGAUAUGGCCUGGGCGGAGAUGAAUCCCAGUCCUGUUGGUAUUUUGGACCAAUUGCACCACCCUGAGGAGCCCGAAGUAAAACUCACGGCUUCCAUCUACCUCUUAGCCGCUAACCGUCUCGUGGUAGGUCGAGAAGAUGGUUCUAUAGUCAUCGUCAAUGCCACACACACUGUACAACUUCAGUUGUUGCAUGGAAACCAUCAACAGUUAGAUGAUUGGCCACCGCAUCAGUUACUGCACGGUCACAAUGGAAGGGUUAACUGUCUUCUGUACCCCCACCAUGUUCAUCCAAGAUACGACAGAUCCCAUCUUGUUUCCGGUGGUAUAGACUUCGCAGUUUGCCUCUGGGACCUAUUCAGUGGUCAACUGCUGCACCGCUUCUGCGUCCACGCGGGAGAGAUCACGCAGCUCAUAGUCCCGCCGCAUAACUGCUCUCCCCGAAUCCAGAAGUGCAUUUGCUCCGUCGCAUCAGAUCACAGCGUGACAUUGCUAAGUUUGGCCGAACGGAAAUGCGUGACGCUAGCUUCACGCCACCUGUUUCCGGUUGUCAGUAUAAAAUGGCGGCCGGGCGACGAUUUCAUGGUCGUCGGAUGUAGCGAUGGCACUGUCUAUGUGUGGCAGAUGGAGACUGGUCAUCUAGACCGGGUGUUGCACGGUAUGAUAGCGGAAGAAGUGCUAGCCGCAUGUGACGAAACGGUAGCAGAUGACCUUGGAGGAUCCUUGGCGGCAGGCGGGGGUGGCAGCGACCUGCAAGGCGCUGCUAACCCUGCUGUCCAUUUCUUCAGAGGUCUCCGUCACCGCAACCUGAACGCGAUGCGCGCGGCCACGCAGCGCGGCAUCGCGGCGCUGCAGGCGCCCCAGGGCGGCGCCGGCGCCGGCCCGCUCGCCGAGCCCGCCCGAGCGCGCCGGGCUCAACUCACUGUACAGGGCUUCAGGAGCAACCCCAAAGAUCCGGAAAGCCACAUCCUCUUCUUCGACAUCGAAGGACUUAUAGUAGAGUUGCUGAGCGAGGAGUAUUCAGCCAUGAGCCCUGGGACUUUAGAGGCUGCCGGUCUAAUCACCAGCGAAUACAUGACGAUGGCUGCCCUCACGCAGUCUGCCAGCCCUGACGCCACCAAAAGAAUAUCCGGUAUCCUGGCCAAGAUGAAGGAGGGCGCGGAAACGGUGCAGACCAAGCUACAGGCGAAGGCGGAACAGCUGAAGAGCCAUAUGGAGAAUAAAGACCAAUCCAGCCAGGGUCAGAAGAAGCGUCCAGCCGACAUGACGUUGGCCGAGCCUCCUCACACCAUGCAGAUUGCCCAGAUCCUGAUAUCGCUGCUGCACGCUUGGGGGCUUGACCCUGACCUGGACAGAGUAUGUGAGGCUAAGCUGGGGCUGCUGAGACCUAUGGUCCCAGUUUGCUUCGGCGUAGUAUCCCGUCACGGUCACAUGGCGGUACAGCUGCCUACCCGACUUGGCUCAGUCGCGGCUGGUGUAAAGGAUCCUCAACUCCUCAAGUCUGACUUGCCACCUGAACUGUUAAGGCAGGAGGAGCUGACCAGACUGUUCUCAUCGAAGCUGCACUGGGAGCUCAGCACGACCCUGACCACCAAUCAUCUGCUGUCCAUCGUGGCUCUAGCCAACACUCUCAUGUCCAUGAGCAACGCCACCUUCAUACCGGAGCAGGAGUUUAACCGGAGGAUGCACAGACCUUCAACCAGAAGCUCGUCAUCAUGGGCUGGUGACGAAGAAAGGGCUGAGCAGUUGGCCGCCCAGCAACAGCACAUUAAACAGGGCUGGUCCCUCCUGGCCACGCUACAUUGCGUACUGCUGCCUGAUAAAGUGGUCGCUGCUGGGGCAAAGAGCUUCAAGCGUCCGCAAGUUGAAAUGCUCGCCCGCAGAUGGCAGCACCACUGCCUUGAAGUGCGCGAGGCGGCGCAGGCGCUGCUCCUCGCUGAGCUUGGAAGAUUGGGCCCUAAAGGUCGAAAGGGUCUGGUAGACAACUGGGCGCAGUACCUGCCACUAUACACGCACACAGAGAGCAUCAACCCCCACGCUGCGCACAAGGAACCCGCUGAGAAGGCCGCUAAAGCUGAGGAAGAGUUUGAGGAGGAGGAGGAAGAGAUAGUCCGCAAGCCCUCCUCCCUGGCGGAACUCAAACGCAAGCAGACAACGGCCGUAGUGUUACUCGGCGUGAUCGGCGCUGAGUUCGGCCAAGAUAUCACUAGUGAAGGAGCAGCGGGCAAUAAGAGACGGAAGGAUGGAGACAGCAGAAAGAGCUCCGUCGUAGAAGGCUUCACUUUAUCCGCCUCCAACAACCUGGCCCGGCUGACGGCGCUCGCACUCACACACCUGCUGCUGUCGCCUCCGUGCGCGCGCCUCCCCGCACACACCCCGCUGCGGCGCGCGGCCGUCGACUUGCUAGGGCGAGGGUUCACUGUGUGGGAGCCUUAUUUGGACGUCAGCCACGUGUUGCUAGGUCUGCUGGAGAUGUGUUCGGACGCGGAUAAGCUCGUGCCGUCCAUGAGCUACGGGCUGCCGCUUACCGCGCAGGCCGACUCCUGCCGUACAGCGCGACAUGCGCUCACUCUCAUCGCCACCGCUAGGCCAGCUGCCUUUAUAACAACCAUGGCGCGCGAGGUUGCCCGCUGCGCCGCCGCCCAACAAUCUGGGCAACCGUCACCCGCCUACCACGCCCUGCAGAAGGGCAGAGCUGAGGUCCUCAGGGGCAUAGAGCUGCUUAUCGAUAGAAUGCAUAAUGAGGUCGCCGAAUUGCUGGUUGAGGUGAUGGACAUAAUUCUGCACUGCGUGGACCAGUCUCACCUGAAGAGCAAGGGCCUCAACGAGGUGUUCCCCGCGAUCUGCCGGUACAACCAAGUGUCCCACUGCCCCGCUACUAGGAGGAUUGCAGUGGGCAGCCACACCGGCCAAUUAGCCAUGUACGAGCUCCGCGCCGGUCGCUGCCAGUCCCUCGCCGCACACAGCGGACCUGUGACCGCCUGCGCCUUCAGCCCUGACGGACGAUAUCUCGUGUCCUACGCCACUGCCGAUAACCGGCUGUCAUUCUGGCAGAGUACUGCUGGUAUGUUCGGUCUGGGCGCGGCGCAGACGCGCUGCGUGAAGUGCUACAGCACGGCGCCCAUGGCCGACGUGGCGCGCCUCAACCCGGCCCGCCUCGCGCGCCUCGUGUGGACCAACUCGCGCACCGUCACGCUCAUGCUCGCCGACGGCUCCGAGACGCGCUUCAACGUCUAACACUACUUACAUACAUACACUACACGCAGACGCGCUGCGUGAAGUGCUACAGCACGGCGCCCAUGGCCGACGUGGCGCGCCUCAACCCGGCCCGCCUCGCGCGCCUCGUGUGGACCAACUCGCGCACCGUCACGCUCAUGCUCGCCGACGGCUCCGAGACGCGCUUCAACGUCUAACACUACUUACAUACAUACACUACACGCAGACGCGCUGCGUGAAGUGCUACAGCACGGCGCCCAUGGCCGACGUGGCGCGCCUCAACCCGGCCCGCCUCGCGCGCCUCGUGUGGACCAACUCGCGCACCGUCACGCUCAUGCUCGCCGACGGCUCCGAGACGCGCUUCAACGUCUAACACUACUUACAUACAUACACUACACGCAGACGCGCUGCGUGAAGUGCUACAGCACGGCGCCCAUGGCCGACGUGGCGCGCCUCAACCCGGCCCGCCUCGCGCGCCUCGUGUGGACCAACUCGCGCACCGUCACGCUCAUGCUCGCCGACGGCUCCGAGACGCGCUUCAACGUCUAACACUACUUACAUACAUACACUACACGCAGACGCGCUGCGUGAAGUGCUACAGCACGGCGCCCAUGGCCGACGUGGCGCGCCUCAACCCGGCCCGCCUCGCGCGCCUCGUGUGGACCAACUCGCGCACCGUCACGCUCAUGCUCGCCGACGGCUCCGAGACGCGCUUCAACGUCUAACACUACUUACAUACAUACACUACACGCAGACGCGCUGCGUGAAGUGCUACAGCACGGCGCCCAUGGCCGACGUGGCGCGCCUCAACCCGGCCCGCCUCGCGCGCCUCGUGUGGACCAACUCGCGCACCGUCACGCUCAUGCUCGCCGACGGCUCCGAGACGCGCUUCAACGUCUAACACUACUUACAUACAUACACUACACGCAGACGCGCUGCGUGAAGUGCUACAGCACGGCGCCCAUGGCCGACGUGGCGCGCCUCAACCCGGCCCGCCUCGCGCGCCUCGUGUGGACCAACUCGCGCACCGUCACGCUCAUGCUCGCCGACGGCUCCGAGACGCGCUUCAACGUCUAACACUACUUACAUACAUACACUACACGCAGACGCGCUGCGUGAAGUGCUACAGCACGGCGCCCAUGGCCGACGUGGCGCGCCUCAACCCGGCCCGCCUCGCGCGCCUCGUGUGGACCAACUCGCGCACCGUCACGCUCAUGCUCGCCGACGGCUCCGAGACGCGCUUCAACGUCUAACACUACUUACAUACAUACACUACACGCAGACGCGCUGCGUGAAGUGCUACAGCACGGCGCCCAUGGUCGACGUGGCGCGCCUCAACCCGGCCCGCCUCGCGCGCCUCGUGUGGACCAACUCGCGCACCGUCACGCUCAUGCUCGCCGACGGCUCCGAGACGCGCUUCAACGUCUAACACUACUUACAUACAUACACUACACGCAGACGCGCUGCGUGAAGUGCUACAGCACGGCGCCCAUGGCCGACGUGGCGCGCCUCAACCCGGCCCGCCUCGCGCGCCUCGUGUGGACCAACUCGCGCACCGUCACGCUCAUGCUCGCCGACGGCUCCGAGACGCGCUUCAACGUCUAACACUACUUACAUACAUACACUACACGCAGACGCGCUGCGUGAAGUGCUACAGCACGGCGCCCAUGGCCGACGUGGCGCGCCUCAACCCGGCCCGCCUCGCGCGCCUCGUGUGGACCAACUCGCGCACCGUCACGCUCAUGCUCGCCGACGGCUCCGAGACGCGCUUCAACGUCUAACACUACUUACAUACAUACACUACACGCAGACGCGCUGCGUGAAGUGCUACAGCACGGCGCCCAUGGCCGACGUGGCGCGCCUCAACCCGGCCCGCCUCGCGCGCCUCGUGUGGACCAACUCGCGCACCGUCACGCUCAUGCUCGCCGACGGCUCCGAGACGCGCUUCAACGUCUAACACUACUUACAUACAUACACUACACGCAGACGCGCUGCGUGAAGUGCUACAGCACGGCGCCCAUGGCCGACGUGGCGCGCCUCAACCCGGCCCGCCUCGCGCGCCUCGUGUGGACCAACUCGCGCACCGUCACGCUCAUGCUCGCCGACGGCUCCGAGACGCGCUUCAACGUCUAACACUACUUACAUACAUACACUACACGCAGACGCGCUGCGUGAAGUGCUACAGCACGGCGCCCAUGGCCGACGUGGCGCGCCUCAACCCGGCCCGCCUCGCGCGCCUCGUGUGGACCAACUCGCGCACCGUCACGCUCAUGCUCGCCGACGGCUCCGAGACGCGCUUCAACGUCUAAAACUAUUCAUAAGAAAAAUAUUUACAUAAAUACAUACAUAAUAUCUGGGAGAAAACAUUUAAAAGCUCAUAAAUGCGCGUUUUCCCAGAGAUAAGACCUAGCUAGAUCGAUUUAUCGACCCCGGAAACCCCCAUAUAGCAAAUUUCAUUGAAAUCGUUAGAGCCGUUUCCGAGAUCCCCGAAAUAUAUAUAUAAAUAAACAAGAAUUGCUCGUUUAAAGGUAUUAGAUAAUCAGGCCUAUUUCCCGGAGGGGUAGGCAGAGACCACAGAUUUCCACUUGCUACGAUCCUGACAUACCUCUUUCGCUUCCUUCACUUUCAUAAAAUUCCUCAUACACGCUCGCCGGGUUAGGGUGCUCUUGACCUGACCGUUCUUCGGGAUUUCCCCGAUCUGAUUAGAGAAAGUCCACCGAAGUCUUCCCCUUCCAACUCUCACUACUACUUCUUCUUAAGAAAUAUUUGUCAAUAACUAUCCUAUCCUGGUCACGGGCACCAAAUUGUAACUGUUGUGUAAGAGUUCCAAAAUCCUAAACUUAUUACAAGCAUAAAAGAAGUGAGCUAACUAGAGGCCUAUAAAAACCACCAACUCGUGCACCAUCACGCUUAUGCUCGUCGACGGCUCCGAGACGCACUUUAACGUCUAGGCGGGUUGGAUUCUUUAUAGUCAGAUUCAUUAAAAAAAUUACUAGAGAAUAAUUUGCAACUAGUAUAGAGCUAAUUUCCCUUAUCUACCUUUCUUUAUUUCUGACGUAUCAACGCCGUCGCACUGGUCUUUAUUGAUUGAAUGAAUUGAAUAUUGAAAAACGCGAAAGAUUCAAUUUCAAUAACAUGUAAAAUAAAAACAAUAAUAAUCCUGGUCAUGGCACCAAAUGUAAGUGUUUUAUAAAUAUAUCUAAAAGUCUUAAAACUCCGAACGAUAAAAAAUCUUAAAAUAUGAUUACCUAGGAACUUUCUCUUUCUAUAAAUAAAUUGUCAAUAAAAUACUACUGACAUAAAGUUGCAAUUUAGAUUAAUUCUCUGUCUGAGAAUAUUACAAUUCCUUUUGGCGUUUUAUUAAGCUUAAGCAAAUCUUGUUUCAUAAAAGUAAUAUAUUUAAAAAAUCCGUAGACAUUUUACAUGUUAUAUUGCCCCACGCAAUAACAUCCAUCCUUUGUAGUUAAUCACGUAUCUAUAUAAUAAAAGUAUUACUAUAUAUUGUACGAAAUGUGACAAUACUGUUUUAUGUAAGUAUUAUGUAACUAAUAAUUAAUGCACACCACCUUAGAAUAUUUUCAAUUAGUAUUUAAUGAAUAAUAAUGUAUUCUCUUGUACGUUUGAUGUUGUAAUUAGUUUAUGUGAAAUGUGAUCUAAUAAUGCAGAAAUUCACACACACACGCCUUUAAAACGUUAGUGCAAAUAAAUGUAAGGUGGUGGUACUGGUGCUCGACGCGGUCCCAGUACAUGUCAUUUUGAAACUUAGUCAUUGUCAAUAGAGUUUACAGCAAGGUGUCAUCUAUUGGACAUUAGUAUGUCGAGCACUAGUACCACCACCUUAUACCUACUGAUUUCAUUGUCAUCACAUCUAAGACUAAAGUUUAUUUUAUGGUUGAAAGUCAAUUUUUUUUAUUGAAUUUGAGACAUCAGUCCUUAUGGUAUUUAUUGUUGGAUUAUUAUAAAAAAAGUGAUGUAAAUUAGAACUUAUAACUUAGAUUUAAUGAUAUUUAUUAUCUUUCAUUAUACUUAUAUCGUUAGCACUUAUGUAAAGAUGUGUAAUCAAAGUAUAACUAGCUAAUAUUUUUGUUGAUGUAUUGUAAUGUAAAUUUUAGUUUCAAUUUUACGGAACCCAAAUAGGUUUAAACAGUGAUAAUUAAGGAACUUACGCCGCUAAAAGGAUUCGCAAAAUUACUUUGUAACACUGUUUUAGUAAAACAUAGCAGUAGUCCGCCUAAACCAGCGCCGUGUUGCAUAAUAAUUUAAUAA